AUGUUCACAGCAAUGGAUUCAUCUGAGAGCCGCUUCAGCAAUCUCGACGUUUGGUGUGAUUGGUCUGGCGACCCAACCGAUGCCGUCCACGUCUGCAUGACCGUCGAUGUCUGGUGUACACCAGAUUCUCGAAUCACCCUGCUUGACGCUUCUCAUCCAGGCGUCGCCGAGAUCGUCGACUCCACGCUGAAACCGAUAGUCCACUUCAAAGGUGCCGAGGAUGCCAAGCUACUUCCCCAGAAUACGGAAUCUGGAUCGGGGACAAGCACAAGCACAAGCACAAGUCCACAGCAGUCUCCAACGUUGAGUGAUCAUGUUGAGGUACCCAUCACGCCUGAGAAGCAGCCAGAGCCUAUGACACCUGAUAAUAACACUCCCCGUGCAACCCUGCAACCUGGAUACCCAAAUUUAAACAGCAACACGCAUACCCCCUCGGACUCGGGCGUACAGCGAGCUGGACAUACCCCGGACGGAUCCCCCGGGGACAGCCUCGACGCGUUCUACGCCAGUUUCUUCCGGGAUGUCUCUUCCUCCGAGUUUCUUAGUGAAGCUGGACAAUCACCCAGCAACCCACGCAAGAGAAAUGCAAAGGCUGCAUCCCUACCGGACUCGGUGACUGACUCGGAGAGAUCGUAUGGAGGUGAAAAGCUCAAGAAUAAAAGUCCUGUUCUUGCCAUGUGCAGAGAUUCGCCUGUGUCUUCGACUUCUUCAAGCUCGAAACAUUCACGUACACGAAGUCUGAUUCCUCGACCCGUGAGUGUGACCAACCAUGUUCGUCCAGAUCCUGCGAAUGUCCCCUUGCCGACGGACUCAGUGCCCGUUUUGGAUGUGGAAUUUCGGCGGUUUGAGGACUUAUCGCCAGUGGAGAAGAAGUCUCUGGAAAAUCAUGUUCAAGUUCAAAAUGAGAGCGUUGCAGAAGCAUCUUCCGGGGAUACAUCGACACCUCUAGCCAGCCCUACGACCAGGACCAGUCUAGAUGUGAGUCUCGGCGAUACUGGCAAGUCGUUGCAAGACGGACAAGACGUGGAGAAGCUGUCUACCGUGGCAUCCGCCGGUAGCCCGUGUGACACGACCCUGAUAUCUGACUUGGUUGAUUCAUCGUUUGGGGGAUUUCCGACCCAGGGGACUUACCGUGUACAACCACCGACUCCACCGCGCCCUUCCAACAGACCUCGUCUCAGCCUUGUUGACCAGGUAUUCCAAAUUCAAUGCUCACCCGAUUUUGAGCCAGCCUGGUAUAAGGCCUCUGUGACUCUUGUUCUUCGCCUUCAACCCGGUCGUCCGCGCGGUUGGUACGAGCUUGUCGUACCGGGUCUGCCUCGUCUAGGCUCGGAUGACCAUGGUUACGUGUACCUUCGUAUACCGGAUGGGCAGGGAUUGGAGUACCGUACAAUGCACUUUAGGAGAUACGAAAUCGUGGAGAACUGUCUCAUCGCGCAGUUCCCAGUGACCCAGUCGAAAUUAGUCAUCCCCCUUCGUCCUUGCGAUGUCCGCUUCUACGGGUUCCUGCGCGACUUUAAGGUCAAUCAGAUCGUGCGCACCAGAGUGACGGGCGAUAAACGUGGCUCGGGCAUGUGUACUGUGGAAUACACUGCUGUCUGCUCGUUGGAACUCAUUCAACGUGACUUUUGGGCCGAGAAGUGCGGGUUUUACAUUUACAUACACGGUGGGCCAGAGGGUGAAUUCGCCUGCCACCUCGAAACGCCGAAGACCAAGUUCCAGACUAUCCAGCUUGAUUCGGAUCCUGCGUCUGAGCCUGGAAUCACGCAGUUGCAGUUCAUCUGCGCCCCGCUCAACUUGGAUAUGUUCGCUAUUACGUGGGAGAUGCGGGUGCCCCGUGGAGAAGUUGGCAGCUGGACACCACGCAUCACGGCUCUACCGGACGGGUAUCAUAUUGAGGAGGAGUUGCAGAAUCGGUAUCUUGAUGCCGAAGAGGAUGAGCAGGAGAUUGUGCGUGGUGAGCCCAAGUCAAGACUUGUUUCACCGAAGAGAGUGGACAAAGGCAGCACCUUUAUGUCUUCGGUGAUGAAAGUGUUGUGCUGGUUGUUGACCCUGUUUUUGCUGUUACAGCCCGUGGCAUACUCUGCCGGGCUCUAUGAUGGUGUUUUGCGUGGUGAGGCAAGUCUUGAGGUUCGAGAUAUUCUUUGUGAGAAGUUCAUGCUUUGUGGGGAGAAGAUAUCGGUGGAGUCGUUCGCUGGGAAUCAUACGGAGGUGACUAUCCUCGUUCCAGAGAUGACAGAGAUGGGGGAGGUUGUGGUUCCCAUGGAGACUGCUGAAGUGGAUCCAAGUCCUGUGUUGGAAGAUUUUGAUGUGCAGGCCCAUGAGCAUGUUCGUUCUGUUCGUCCUAUUCCUACUUCGUUGCGAGAUCGAGUUGACUAUUUCCUUGGAUGGAAGGGUCCACUUCCCAUUGCUGGAGUAUGA